UUCACCGCAACAGAAAAAAAAAUAGACGGUUGCUAUUACAGUAUUUGCGCUUUAACGUGCCGGUUUUCGGAGCUGAAACGAAACUGUUGCCGAUUUUUAAACACAAAUAGAGGACUUUAUAUAUUUUGGACAUUUCUUUUGUGCAGACAAUGAGGAUGAGAGAGUUGAUGAUCUGUCUUUCUUUCUUUGGUUUCCUUCUUGCGGUCCAUUUUACUAAUGGCGAUCUGAGCUACUCUAUUCCAGAAGAGAUGAGACGUGGACAUGUUUUCGGAAACGUAGCCAAGGAUCUCGGACUGGAUGCUAAAAGUCUUGUUGCAAGAAAUGCGCGUUUGGAUGCUGAUGGUGUCAGUAAACGUUUUACUGAGCUAGAGGUGAGGACCGGAGCUCUCAUUGUGUCGGAGCCUGCAGACAGAGAGGAGCUUUGCGGCUUGCGGGCGUCGUGUGUUCUUAAAUACGAGCUGGUGCUCGAGAGGCCAUUAGAGUUGCACAGCGUCGUUGUGAAUAUUGAGGAUAUAAACGAUAACGAUCCACAUUUUUCUACUGAAAAAAUUAAACUCGAAAUUAGAGAGUCGGCAGCUAAAGGAACAUCAUAUUUCUUAGGUGAAGCCCACGAUGCCGAUUUAGGGCAAAACGCGGUGCAAGGAUAUUCACUUCAAAAUAACGGACAUUUUUCCUUACACGUUCGUACUAACUCUGAUGGAGGAAAAUACGCCGAAUUGGUACUUGAUAAGGAACUGGAUCGAGAGAAAGAACAGGAAGUUACGCUCUUCCUGACUGCCAGUGAUGGUGGGAAUCCAUCAAGGUCGGGCACUGUAGUUAUACACGUUACUGUGCUGGAUGCUAAUGAUAAUUCCCCUGUGUUUAAUCAGCCGUUGUAUAAAGUCAACCUGCCGGAAAAUUCUCCUGUAGGGACGAUAGUAGUAAAAGUCAACGCUACUGACGCAGACGAAGGUGCAAAUGGAGAAGUAACAUAUGAAUUUAGUCGACUGUCUGAAAAAGCUGCUAGACUGUUUUCACUAAAUAACGUUAACGGGGAAAUUAAAAUAGUUGGCUCUAUUGACUACGAGGAAGAGUCAUACUAUGAAAUGCGCGUACAAGCAAAAGACGGCCUAGGUUCAGCCUCUGAUGUAAAAGUCGUAAUAGACGUUACUGACGUCAACGAUAACAGUCCAGAAAUAAUUAUUAAGUCUCUCACUAACCCCUUCCCUGAAAAUGUAAUUCCCGGAACAGAGGUGGGCAUUAUUAAUGUUCAGGAUGAUGACUCUGGACAAAAUCGUCAGGUACACUGCUAUAUUCAGGAAAAUGUCCCUUUUAAAUUAAAUCCAUCCAUAAAAAAUUAUUAUUCUAUAGUAACAACUAGUGAGGUGGACCGGGAGCUUAUUGCAGAUUUUAAUUUAACAAUCACUGCAACAGAUGAAGGAAGCCCGGCUUUGACUUCAUCUAAAAUGAUUCAUUUGUCACUUUCUGAUGUCAAUGACAACUCACCUGUAUUUGAACAGCAAUCCUACACUGCAUAUGUAAUGGAAAAUAACGAACCAGGAACUUCUAUUAGUUCUGUUACAGCAAGAGACCCAGACUGGAGGCAGAACGGUACAGUACUGUAUUCUCUGGUGUCCAGUGAGAUAAACUCUCUUCCAGUGACCUCAAUUUUAUCCAUUAACUCAGAUACAGGAGUGAUCCAGGCUGUGAGGUCAUUUGACUACGAAAAGUUCAGAAACUUUAAAGUCCAGGUUGUAGCCAGAGACAACGGUUCUCCUCCACUCAGCAGCAACGUGACUGUGAGUGUGUUGAUAUCAGAUGAGAAUGAUAACUCUCCACAGAUAUUAUACCCUGCUCCAGAGGGAAAGUCUUUAAUGACUGAGAUGGUCCCUAAAGCUGCUCUCUCUGGCUCUCUGGUCUCCAAAGUGAUCGCUGUGGAUGCUGACUCUGGACAGAACGCGUGGCUGUCGUAUCAGAUAGUCAAAUCUACCGAUCCGGGACUUUUCACUAUCGGUCUCCAUAGUGGAGAGAUCAGGGCUCAGAGGGACAUCACUGAAUCUGACAGCAUGAAACAGAACCUUGUCAUCUCUGUGAAAGAUAACGGACAGCCGCCUCUCUCUGCUACCUGUUCUGUGUAUUUACUUAUUUCUGAUAAUCUUGCUGAAGUUCCUGAACUUAAAGACAUGACUUAUGAGGAGAACAAUUCCAAACUGACUUUUUAUCUGAUCAUCGCGCUAGUUUCCGUUUCCACGUUUUUUCUGACUUUCGUUAUUCUGAUCGUGGCUGUGAGGUUUUGCCACAGGAGAAAGCCCAGACUGUUGUUUGAUGGAGCAGUCGCCAUUCCCAGCACGUAUCUCCCUCCUAACUAUGCAGAGGUGGAGGGAGCUGGAACUCUCCGCAGUUCUUACAAUUAUGACACGUAUCUAACGACAGGAUCACGUACCAGUGACUUCAAGUUCAUCACAUCUUACAAUGACAGCACUCUUACUGCUGGUGGAACUCUGAUAAAGUGCAAAAAUGACACUAUAGGAACAAACCUGAUUACACUUACUAGCACAGGAGAGGGGGAUGAGGAAGACAACACUGUGACCUCCCUCUCAUCUUGGUUUGGAUUUGUUUCCGUAAGCUGGAAAGGCGGAAGCUACAAAGUGAGUUACAUUGGUUUCUCAUAA